GCGAAAGACGUUUGUGUAGGUUUGUAUGGGCACUGGGCAAGACUACUAGCGCCAUCUGUCGUUGCAAUCGAGAAAUGAAGUCGUAAACAGCCACUUCCAAGAUGGACGCCGCCGCAUUCUACGGGAACGCUGACUUGAGAAAUCAUGGAAGACAACGAAGAAGACUCGAUGAUGACUCGGCAGAAAGUCUGCUGUCCAGAAUUGGCGAUGGGAACACGUCGGAUAUUGGACUUUCUGACGACGAGGAAGAAGAAGGGCAUCCCAAUCAAUCUGCGGCCGUCACAGACAAUGAAGCUUGUCCUUCCGGAGCAGCUGAGCGUCUUGAUCCUCUGCUAGACCAUGAUGAGCAACAAAAAUACGCCGGCCGACAAAAGAGGAAAGCUGUUUGGACCAGUGCGGAAUUUGAGCCGCCCGACACCACAUUUCAUUCUGCAGGCCGUGAUGUCAGUGCUGUGAUUGAACCGUGUGAGUACUUCUUCAGGUACUUUACAGAAGAACUGUUUGAAGAGAUUGCACGUUGCACGAACAUCUACGCGCUUCAGACUUCAGGAGCCAUCCUUGGAACAACACCAGAAGAAAUAAAAACGUUCUUUGGAAUGUUAUUGAUAAUGGGAACACUGAAAUUCCCACGCAUCAGGAUGUACUGGAGUCCUGCAACGCAAAUUCCAAGUGUGUCGGGAGCAAUGAGCGUGAACAGAUUUUUCAGGCUCCGUUCUGCACUACAUGUCACUGAGCCAGACCCAGAUCACACUGGAACUGACAAGUUUUGGAAAGUGCGACCGCUCCUUGAUGCUGUCAGGAAGAGAUGCCUUGAACUGCCUCCUACUGAAAAAAACAGCAUCGAUGAGCAAAUGAUCCCCUUUACAGGGAGAGUCGUUGCGAAGCAAUUUGUCCGUAACAAACCCAACCCCGAAGGUGUGAAAGUGUUUGUUCGUUGCAGCUCCAGUGGUGUCGCGCAUGACUUCGAGUUUUACCAGGGAAAAGGUACCGGCACAUCAGUGGAGCACAAGCACCUAGGGCUUGGUGGCUCCAUUGUGAUGAGGUUGACUCAGCACCUCCCAAAACUGCGUAACUUCAAAUGUUAUUUUGAUAACUAUUUCACUUCGAUAACACUGCUUCAAGAACUGAAGGAAAUAGGUAUUUGGGCUAUUGGCACCAUCCGUAGCAAUAGGCUGCAAGGAUGUCCACUGAAGUCGGAGAAGGCCCUUAAAAAAGAAGGACGCGGCAGUAUGGAUGCCAGUGUCACCAAAAGUGGUGACGUCACAGUUGUCAGGUGGCAGGACAAUGGCAUUGUGAAUAUUGCGUCGACAUUCGUGGGUGUUGGGGAGCCUACAAAUGUUAAACGUUGGAGUGAGGCAUCAAAGAAGCAUGUCGACAUACCGUGCCCUGAAAUCAUCAGCCAGUACAAUGAAUCGAUGGGCGGAGUUGACAAGAUGGAUUUUUUGCUGUCGUUGUACCCACUAAAACAAAGAACAAGGAAGUGGCCAGUACGCGUCAUCUCUCAUUUCACGUCAUUCUCAUUAGUGAAUGGAUGGCAAGAGUACCUGGCUGACGCAAAUGACAACUGCUUCCAACGCAGGAAAAUGCUGGACUUGUUGGCAUUUCAGAAUGAUGUGGGCUUGGCAUUGAUAAUGUGCAACAAGAAUGGUGCCAGGAAACGCGGUCGCCCAAGCAACGAUGCGAAGGAGCCCCCAAGGAAGGUGCACAAUGCUGAGCCGCGGCCCGUAAAUGCCGUCCGGUAUGACGGAAUGAACCACUGGCCAGCACACACAGGCAAUAGCUUUGCUCAGCGUUGCAAGCUAGAAGGCUGCAAUUCAAGGACGCGAGUGCGAUGCCGCAAAUGCAACGUGUUCCUUUGUCUUUCAGCGACAAAUGACUGCUUUUACGCAUUCCAUAACAAAUGAGCUUUCAGUUUCCUUUUUUGAAUCACAUUUCUAUGCGAAAUAAACAAAUACUUUGCCUCAGA